ACCUAAGUGUUACAGUUACCGUGGCCCAGUUGCCAACUGACUGACGUCACACAGGCGACACUGUUUGGAAGUUGGGAAGUUAGGUCCAAAAACACGCCGGCAAUUACCGUUUCUCGCCAUUGGUACCGCCAGAGAGAACGAAACGGAAAUCUUCGAGAUCGUAACUUUAAACCCGUUAAUCUUUGUAUUUUCAGUUGUCUUGGUAUUUUCACCACUGAUCUGCAAACCAAACACCACAAAUUCGACCUAUGCCCUACUGACUAUUUUGGCAAGCAGUUCCUGAGUUGUCGACUAGCACCGAACGAUCGAAAGUGAAACCAACCUCACACGGUUUCUCCUUUCGCUCUGAUAAUCCAGUGCGUGUUGAACCCAGAAGAGGAACACAGUAUCCGAGCCUGCCUGAUUGAGAAAAAAAGUCAACUAAUGAGCAUCAUGUCCCAGGGCACAGUUUCAAUGCGUGAGCCGGUCUGUCUGAUUGAGAACGACAAGGACGGGACCCUGCGCGUCCUGCCACAGGCUGUGGAGAUCCUGAAACAGAUCGAUCAGCUUGUGGUCGUUGUGGCAGUAGUGGGUCUGUACCGCACUGGGAAGUCAUACUUGAUGAACAGGCUGGCGGGGAAGAGAAACGGAUUUGCCCUCGGAUCCACCAUACAGUCAAAGACGAAGGGCAUAUGGAUGUGGUGCGUCCCUCACCCCAAAAAACCGAAACACACCCUGGUGUUGCUGGACACGGAAGGUUUGGGGGAUGUGGAGAAGGGAGAUACGAAGAACGACAACUGGGUCUUCUCUCUGGCGGUCCUCCUGAGCAGCACGCUGGUGUACAACAGCAUCGGGACCAUCGACAAUGACGCUCUGCAGCGGCUUCACUAUGUGACGGAACUGACGGAGCACAUCAAGGUGAAAUCACGGGCAGGGGACGAGGACGAGUCCACGGAGUUUAUGCGCUUCUUCCCCUCCUUCGUGUGGGCCGUGCGAGACUUCACCUUGGAGCUGGUGCAUGAUGGGAAGCAGAUAACAGCUGACCAAUACCUGGAAAAGGCUCUCACGCUGAAAACUGGCCAUGGGAAGCAAACCGUGCAGUACAACUUGCCACGGGACUGCCUCCGGAACUACUUCCCCACCCGGAAGUGCUUUGUGUUCGACCGCCCCGCCAGUGCAGAGAAGAUGAAGCGCAUGGAUGAGCUAAGCGACGAAGACUUGGAGCCCUCCUUCGUGGAGCAAGCCGGGCACUUCUGUAAUCACAUCAUGAGCGAAACCAAAACCAAAACCAUGAAAGGGGGCUAUAGUAUGACUGGCAGAAUGCUGGGGAACCUUACAAAGAUGUAUGUGGACGCUAUCUGCAGUGGCCAGAUCCCCUGCCUGGAAAAUGCAGUUGUGGCUCUGGCCCAGAUAGAGAACUCCAACGCAGUAGCUGCGGCUGUGAAGUCCUACAAGGAAGAGAUGGCCAGUUGGGUUGUCUUCCCAACUGAAACACAGGAGGAGCUGUCGGAUAUACACGGCGCAGUCGAGAAAAAUGCUGUCAAGAUCUUCAUGGACCUCUGCUUCAAGGAUGAGGAUCAGAAAUACCAACUUGAGCUAAUGAAUCAGCUGCAGACAGAGUAUGAAGCAGUCUGCGAGAAGAAUGUUGUUGAAUCGAAGAAGGCUUGCGAGUCCAUCAUCCGGCAAACAUUUGAGCCUCUGGAGAGAAAUAUUGCAUCUGGAGAAUACAUGUCAGCUGGAGGAUACCAGCAGUACCGCAAGGAGUUACAAAACUGCAUCAAAAAUUACGAUUCAGCAGCGGGAAAAGGAAUAAAGAAUGAGGAAAGUCUAAAGGAAUACCUGGCCAAGACAGAAUCUAUUGGACAAGCCAUAAUGACUGCUGACCAAUCUCUCACUGAUGCUCAACGGAAGGAACAAGAAAAUCUGGCUAGAAUUGAGGCCAUUGAGAGAGAGAGUCGUGCUUCUGAGGAGCAGAGGAAGAUCGCGGAGAAGCAGCUGAUGGACCAGGAGCGAACCUUCCAAGAGAACAUGAAGCAGCUGGAGAAGAAGAUGGAGGAGGACAGGAAGAAUGCCGCAGUGGAGUUCAAUACGGUCAUGAACAGCAAGCUGCAGGAACAGCAGGCUCUUUUAAAGCAAGGCUUUGACGAGAGAGCAAAGCUCAUGCAGGAGGAAAUUAACUCCCUCAAGAGGGAGAAGGAUGAAAAUGAGUCCCCUUCUUUUUUUUCUAACAUUCUGGAUACCGUGGGACAAGCUGCCACCAUGUUUUUGCCAGGGAUCAUCCCAAAGGUAGCAGGGAUGGGCAUCUCAGCUUUUUCACGCCUGUUUAGAAAAUAGGCCGAAGACAUGCAGCAGUCGACAAUGUCACCGUUCUAACAAAAUGUGCCCAAAACCUUGUUUGAACGCCUCUCUUGCCUCAGCAAUACAGCUGAAUUCAUUUUUGCUCUUGACUGGACAUUAUCAGCACUUAGCAUUAGCUUGUCUCGAAAAAUUAUAUAAGUACAGUGCUGUGAAAAGCAGAAUCUUAUUCUGAUACCACACCUCAUUUUAAGACCAACACGCCCAUGGCCGCAAGUACAUUUGCUGUUUAAACAACGUGGGAAAAUGACAACUGCGUUGGUCUGAAACUAGCAAAGACACUUGCGUUGCGCUUGGCGCCGCUUUGGGCCAGGUGUAAGAUAGAGCCCAAUGUGUGUAACCUCUUGGAGCAGCAACAGUAUCAUUGAUUUUUUUUUGGGCUAGACAAACACAAUGGCCAGGAUUCAAUCUACAUCGGUCCUUAACUUUGUGCUAUACAAAUAAAGUUUGAUUGAUUGA